AUUGGAUGUCAUUUAUGAACGGCCCCAAACGAGUUCAAGUCAACUGAAAAUUUUACACAACUUCUAAAAAUUAAUUAAAAACAAGGUUUAGCUAAUAAUAUUAAGUAAUUAAGUUACACUAUACGAAACAUAGGAUAACAAUAAUCGAUUGAGGUAAAAUGUAGAGUGCGAUAAGUUUUAGAAAACAUCAAAAAUCGUCGAAAAAGGAAAAAGGAAAAAAAAAAUUUCAAAGAAAAAAACGAAAAGAUUCCAAAAAAGUCAGGAAUGUGUGAAUUAUCAAUUUGUUCUGAUUUUUUGGCACUUUUACAAUCAUGCGAUCAAAGACUUAUAGGACACAAGAAGAAUGACCACAGUAAUCUAAAAGAUCUUAGUAAGAGUGAAGUGGAGACAGUUUUAGCAUACAUUUUAUGGCCUCAGUCACAAAGACAAUGUAUGUGCUGUUAUCGAGACUUGAAGAAUUUCGAUCGUUUUAAUUACAUUAUAAGAUCAUUAAUCUAUCUAAUUGUGAACAAAUUGAAGGAUAUUAAGAUAAUUCUAGCCAAUACAUCAAGAAUUGAGGAACUUCCAGCACAACAAAAAGUCAAUCAUGAUGAAAGUAGUAAUAAGAAGGAAAAAGAAGACAUUGAUGAAGUUGUAAACAAGGAGAAGUUGGAGGCAACGAAAAAAAGCGGCAAUAGUGAUGAAAUUUGGACAGUUCUUGAGCUUGAAAAGGUCUUAAUCUUUAUAUCGAAAGUAUUUCUUCUUAACUUUCCGUUAUACAUCGCACAUAAACAUGGAGUGCACUAUGGACAUGAAAGUACACAACAAGAGAUACAAUCAGUUUCAAUGUUUUGUGAUAUACACGAUACAGAAAUUCCAGUUUAUCUUUACCAUAAUGUUACAUUAUUCUGUUCUGCUGGAGGCUUCGGAGCUAUGACACAAUGUUUUGAGAUUCCAGAUCUACCGCUCUCAUUAGCUCAUGCCUGUACAGUCGCUAUUUCCAACAUUAAAUUAUGGCUUAAUUAUAGAAGUAUCGUUCAACUCUUUGUUCCUUUAAGAAUUAAAGUCCUUCAAUACAUGUGUAAGCUCUCGGAUCAAGAUCUUCGUUCGCAGGCCACAAAGUCCAUGGCAGAUUUCAUGUGGUCAGCAAUAAAAGAUCCACUAGAUUCACAGUUGACAUUUGAUACGGAAGGACUAGCUCUGGCAUUUAAAUAUUUUACAUCAUCAACGCUCACAAUGCGCCUAGCUGGAAUGUCGCAAAUUAAUGCCCACAUUAAUUGGUUCAAUGAUAUAUGUACAACCGAAACAGUCGCGGAAGUGGAACUUGUUGGUCGUAAACUUGCUGAUUGGUUGACAGAAAAUCAAAUAAUUUCGCAUUUAUUUGGACCUAAUUUACAUGCAGAGAUCAUUAAACAGUCUCAUAUAGUUUUAAACUUUUUGGCUGUUGAGAAUCACAUAACGGAAGAGCACAUUUCCUUAAUUUGGCAAGCAUCACAAUUGAAGCACUGCUCGAAACCAAUUUAUGACAUUUUACCAGCACUUGUCAAGAAUUUAGCACCAAAACCAGCUUCAUAUCUGUAUUCCUUGUUGUGCAAAUUAGAUCCGAAAGAGCAUACGGAACAAACAAUCUUUAUAAUUAGUGCUCUUACUAAACUCAUUUGGACAAGAGAUCGUAAUCGUCAUGUAAUUAGUAGUGAGGCAUCAAGUAAUGUCCGUGAAAUUACUGAAAUUCCAUCAAGUUCUGAAAAUAGUGUUAGUGUCGAUGGAAGUAACAGUGAGGAUGAUCAUCGACAUGCAGAAGAUCCAGAAGAUGAUAGCAGUGAUGAAUGUCAUAAAAGUCCAAUAGAAGUAGAAUCAGAUUCUGGUCCACCGCCAUGUAAACAGGCUAGAGGGAAUUUAGCAUCAUUAAGAAAGAAAGUCUGUGAAGGAAAGAUCCAGCAAGAAAUGUAUGAAAUGGGAAAAGAUAAGAAGCAAAUUUAUCCACUUAUUGGACAUCGAAUUAAUUCAUAUAAUGCUCAAAAUUCGAGUAGUGAUGAUGAGAGAAUUGAGAUUAAUGAAAAGAUUAUUGGUGAUCGUAAAAAGUUAAGGAAAAAGCGAAAGAAGCAAUUGACACGAAAGGAUAUCCAAGAAAUGGUUGAAAGCAUUUCCGAUGGUGAUUCAGACUGUGAUCAAUUAUUUGGUGGUAGUGAUUGUAGUGAAGGUAUUCAUGAUGAUGUACUAGAUCGUCUUAAUAAGGACGAAUCAUUCUUUCGUGCUAUAUCCGAAAAUUGCCAUUUAAUGGACUAUUUAAGAUCAACUGAAAAUGAUGGCUCUUCAUCGCCAAUGAGCACAAAAUCUGAAAAGAAUCUUGCUGAUUUUGAUGAUGAGGAAUCGCCGUGUGAAGAACUGUCUGCUCUAAGUACUACAAAACCUAAUCAAUGCUUCUCAUUUUCGCGAGAAAAUCGAUCAAGCACACCUGACAAUCUCCACAAGCCAAACAAACAAAUUUCUGAGAGUUCUGGUGAGAAAAACAAGUCCAGUGGAAAUUCUUCGAGUCAGUCAUCGAUGCGAACAAAAUCUCCAGACAUUUGCCAGCCUGGAAACACGUUACUUUGGGAUCUGCUGCAAGAUGACAAAAUUGGGUUUCUUGGUGAAACAUUAGCACUGGAAACAGAAAAGACACUAAGCUCUCUCGUGUGCUUUCACACCGACAAAACCAUCCGUAAAAAGUUCAUAGAGGCAUGCUUAGUAAAUAUCGCAAAUAAUCGAAGUGUCAUUGUGAGCUUAAGACUGAUUCCCAAACUAUUGGCUUCAUUUCAACAAUUUCGUGAUAUUGGAACUCAUCAAGUGACAAUGUGGGCCGAACGUCAACAUAAAAUGAUGCAUCAUUUCAUCAGUAAUCUUAAGCAUUAUUGCAACUAUGUGAAACAAUCAAGAAUUAGAGCAGAGUCACAGUCGAUGGACGAACCGUGUAUAGUUUUAGUUAAGAAUAAGAAUGGUGAUUACUUGUACUCUCAUACGACACAAAUUCAGGUCCGAUUACAAUUUUUAGCAUCGGUUUUCUGUGAUAUUGGUUCGCCGAAGACAUUUAGAUUGACAAUAAAUCAAGUUGAUAUUUUGUGGUCAUGCUUAGCAAAUGAUCCAGAUUGUGCUGAUUGUUUAUUUCACUGGUUGCAAGGACAAGCAAAAGGCGGUGCUCAACAUGCAUUAAGUCCAAUGGCUAUACAGCAUAUUUAUCGCAAUAAGUGGCCGGAAUUAAAGCCUGAAAACAUCUCAAUGGUUGCACUUACACUUUUCCAGCAACUUUUCAUCCUAACUUUAUCUGAUGAGAGGCGUAAUAAUGAGCGAUCGGAAGUGAGUGGAAUGGAUAUAUUAUGGAAGAUUGCUCUACGUGCUAAUGAUACGGAAGUAUCUAUGGCUGCCAUUAAUUAUAUUAACACUUUUUAUAUGGAACAUCAAUUGAAGAAUGAAGCUGAGUUCGUGAAACAAUGUAUGAACUAUUUGACUCAAGCAUCAGAGAAUUUACACAAGCCAGAGCUUCAAGAUAACUCUAUUAUGUGCGUCCAACGAGCUCUUAUGCUGCUUAAUACACAUUUAGAGACUUUUAGACGAAGGUAUGCUUAUCAUUUGAGACGAUGGGCGUUAGAGGGCAAAGGCAUUAAUUCUCAUAGUGCUUUGAGAACAGAGGGACCAGGUCCGCCUAUUAAGAUUAUUCUACAACCUGGCGGAUUAUCAGAGAAAUCGUACUUGCAUUUAUAUCAAACAGAUUUGAUUGGUGACCUAAAAGCAGAAAUUGCUAAAUGGUAUGAGAAUCUUCAAGGCAAAUCAUGUUCCAGCGAUUCGUCGUCAAUGGGAAAUCUCGGAAAUGUACUAACUGAUGGACCAUUAAGGAUAAUAACACAAGGACAAGAAAUUACCAGUGAAUAUGAUGAGCGUAGCUUAAUUGAUGUUGGAUUCAAAGAUAAUCAAAUUGUUUAUGUGUCACUUGGUGGACGAAGUCGUGGUCGUAGAAAUGAAGAUCAUCCAUCAAUGUUGCCACCACCAUCAAAAGACUGUUUACCAACAAUUCUCCUCCUUCAGACUCAAUAUUUCGAACAACUUUUUGUGCUAAUGCAAACACUUGGAAAUAUGAAAUUAAUUAAGAAAGGUGUAAACAUCUUACAGCACACACAGGCACAAGUAUUAUCUCGUCGUGUUUGGGACAUUUUAGCGAUGCUACCAACAAAUCCAACAUUACUUGACACUUUUAAAAAUUUGACAUUCAAUCAAAAGACAUCAAUGACCGAAGAGGAUACAGCAAGCAUACAAGACUUGCUUGAUCCAAGUAACUUACAAAAGUUCAUGUACUGUUUGCAUAUUGUUGAAAGUCUAUCAAAAUCAAGAUUUUCGACAUCAAUUAAGCCAUCAAGUCAUCAACGGAAUCAAUUAAAGAUGAAAAUUUCAAAAGGAAAGAAUACAAGGAAAGCAGCCAUAAUUAAGGAAAGUAUGGAUGAGGCAAAAAGUAAUAGUAGUCAUGAAAUGCCAGAAAAAUCAAAGGAACAGACAAGUGAACACGAAAAUAAUGAGAAUAGUCAACAGAAGAAUGAUGAGUCGUCGAUAGACAUAAAAAUAAAGAAAUCAAUUGAAUGGAGCAACAAGUUUAUUAAGAAUGGUGGUCUCGAGCAUCUUUACAAUAUUUUCAUCUCGGGAAUAUUGCAGAGAAAUGACGACGAAUAUGAUGAGUGGCGCCACGACUGUUUGUGUAGUUUAUUAAGAAUUUUGUGCUUACUAGGUGUUGAAGAUUUAAAGCAAGAAGAAAAUAUAAUUGUAAUACCUAAAUUAAAUGAAGAUAUGUUAAAAUUAAUGGAUGUACGAAAGACAAUUUCAAGAAUUUCAUCAAUCUUAACUGAAGCAGCCGUUCCGCAAAAGGAUAAUCAAUAUAAAACUGGAUUUUGGGGACGUGCUCAAGUUGUUAAUUUUGCUAUGAAUCUAUUAGUUUGUUUUGCAUAUGCAUCUGAGAAGGCACGUGAAAUACUGUGGAGUUGUGAGGAGAAUUAUGAGUGGCUAAAAAAACUCAUUUUAGAUGAUCCAGAUCCGCAUGUAAGACGUGAAACUUGUGCUGCACUUUAUCGUCUUUGUAUGGGCAAUUCUCAUACUUAUAGUGAAUUAAUUGUUCCUUUAUUAGUACUAUUAAUAAGCUUCUUGCCAACGGCUGAAAAGAUGAGAACACAAACUGUAUGUUACUCGCUUAAUGAUGAUGGCAAGGAACUUUAUGGACAAGCAUGUAGAGAUUAUUUUUGGUUAUUGUCGCGGCUAGUUGACAAUACCACGCCAGAUUUAUUGAAAGGAAACAUUAAGGAAGUCCAAAAUAAUUUAACAAUUGAUGUUGAAGGAUUGUGUCACCAAGUGUCGAAAUUAAUUCAAAAUCGUGACAUUUUGGAACGACGUCAUAUUCAGGAUGAUGGUCUCGUUGGCUUACUUAACUUAAUGGCAAAUUUAGUCAAAUAUGAUCCGCCAUUUAAAUACAGUCAAUCUGGUCAACAAUUUAUUGGAAAGAUUUUCGAAUGUCUUUUUGCACUGCCAACAGCUGAAAAUCGUGACUUGCCUAAAUGUAAAUCACAAGGUGCUCGUGCUGCCUCAUAUGAUUUACUUAUUGAAUUAACGAAAAAUGCACCAUCGAAUUAUAUGCUUUUGCAUAAAAUGUUAAUGCUACAACAUCGUCCAGGUCCACAUUCACCAUAUCCAUGGGAUUAUUGGCCUAGAGAUGAUGGUCGAUCUGAAAGUGGAUAUGUAGGACUAACAAAUUUAGGUGCAACAUGUUAUAUGGCUGCUUGUAUCCAACACAUCUUUAUGAUGCCACAAGCUCGUGAAAUAAUCUUAUCAGUUAUGGCAGAUGCACCUGUCAAGCAUAAAUUGACAUUCUGUGAACUACAAAAAAUGUUUGCAUAUCUUAUGGAAAGUGAAAGGAAAUCUUAUAAUCCACGAUCGUUCUGUAAAGUCUAUCAAAUGGAUCAUCAGCCAUUAAAUACAGGCGAACAGAAGGAUAUGGCUGAAUUUUUCAUCGAUCUCGUAUCAAAAUUAGAGGAAAUGACACCAGAAUUAAAGGCACUCGUUAAGAGAAUCUUUUGUGGUGUUAUAAGCAACAAUGUAGUGUCGCUCGAUUGUGAUCAUGUUAGUAGAACAUUAGAGGAAUUCUAUACAGUACGUUGUCAAGUUGCAGACAUGCGAAAUUUACAAGAAUCAUUGGAUGAAGUGACUGUUAAGGAUACAUUGGAAGGUGAUAAUAUGUAUACAUGCUCAACAUGCAGCAAGAAAGUACGUGCUGAAAAGAGGGCGUGCUUUAAGAAACUUCCAGAGAUUCUGUGCUUUAAUACAAUGAGAUAUACAUUUAAUAUGGUGACAAUGCUUAAAGAGAAAGUCAAUACACAUUUCUCAUUUCCAAUGCGACUCGAUAUGUCACGAUAUGUUGAAAAGACCUUAAUGCCACAACAUUAUCAAGAAGAGAAACUUAAAUCUCAAUCAACGAGUGAAUCAAGUAGUGACGAGAAUAAGAUAAAAGUUGAUGGAAGUGACGAGAAUAGCGAGAAACUUAACAAUAUUAAGAUCGAUGAGGAUAAAUUUACAGAAAGUGAAUCAUCAUCAAUUAGCGGUGCUGAUAAUGACAAUGAAAAUGAAAAUUACGAAUAUGAUUUAGUUGGUGUGACAGUUCAUACAGGAACGGCAGACGGUGGUCAUUAUUAUAGCUUCAUUAAGGAACGCGAUAGUGAUAGAAAAAGUACAAGUGAUCGAUGGUUUUUGUUUAAUGAUGCUGAAGUCAAGAUAUUUGAUCCAUCGCAAAUUGCUGCCGAGUGCUUUGGUGGUGAAAUGACGAGCAAAACAUACGAUUCCGUUACCGAAAAGUAUUUAGAUUUUAGUUUUGAAAAGACUAAUUCUGCCUACAUGCUUUUCUAUGAGCGUCGACCAUCAAAAGAAGAACAAUCAAAAAAUUCAUUACAAAUUGCACCAUCUUGUUCAACACAAAGCUCUGAUUUGACACCGUUUGUGGAUGAUGAUAUUCCACUGGAUGAAAAUGGACUUGUUCUGAAUGAAAAAGCUAGUGAAAAGUUGAAGAGAAAGUCAUUGUUGAGUAAAGAUCUUGAAGAUUGGAUAUGGCAGGAUAAUCGUCACUAUUUGGAGGAUAGAAAUAUAUUCGAGCAUACUUAUUUUAAUUUUAUGUGGCAAAUUUGCGGUCAUGUUCCACAAUCAUUAUUGGUUCUCAAUGAUAUAACUUUUCGUGCUGCACAGCUAUCAGUGUCAUUUUUCAUCGAAACUUUCAUUCAUGCUAAGGAAAAGCCAACAAUGGUUCUUUGGGUCGAGCUCUUAACAAAGCAGUUCAACGCAAGUCAAGAUGCAUGCGAAUGGUUCCUAGGUCACAUGUCGCAAGAACCUUGGUGGCCAGUUCAAGUUCUUAUUCAAUGUCCAAAUCAAAUGGUUCGUCAAAUGUUUCAACGUCUUGUUAUUCAUGUUAUUCAGCGUUUAAGACAAGCACAUUCGCCGUUAUAUUUGGAAAAAGAAACAGAUGAUGAUGGAAAUGAGGUGAUUGGCGAGAAGUCAUGUGUGACGAAAUUCAUAAAGUCAUUAAUUGCAUUGAUGGAGAACGGUGCAAAAGCACAUUUGAGGCAUUUAACGGAAUUCUUUGGUCUGCUUUAUGAGUUUUCGCGGAUGGGAGAGGAAGAGACAAAGUUUUUGUUGCAUAUUAAUGUCAUUAAAAGUGUCUCUGACUUCUAUUUGGGUCACAAAAAUCACAACAAUGUUGACUCAUCGUCUGAAGAUAAUUCAUCAGAUGAAACGCUCUCGAUUGACAAAACACGUCCAGCAUCAUUAGAUAAAAUGAUUGCACUUGUCGCAAAUCUAGUUGAGAAAUCACGCGGUGCUGAUCAAACUUUGCAGCUAUCAUCUAGAGAUUAUAAUGCAAUUACUGGAGGGAAGGGCUUUCCAUUUUUGUAUCAACAAAUUAAAGAUAAUAUAAAUCCUAAUCAGACACGGUUACUUAUUCAUGCUCUGUGCCGUUAUGACGAAAGAUUGGCUGGUUCUAUAAUAACAAUGUUGUUCAGUGCUGUAACUAAGCACACUGAGCUCUGUAGUCCAUUCUUCAAGCUCCUCACAUUGUUAACGGAAUCAUCUUCAGGACCUUCUGGAUUGCCCUGCUUCUCACAGUUGGUUCUGCAACGAGUUUGGGAUGCAGCUGAAUUCUGUCCACAGCCAGCAUUAGAAUGGCUAUCGAUGCAGGCACCACGCAAUAAAAUCGCUCAUGCAUGGGUUCUUUCAACAGCUGAAAGUUGGGUUGAAAACUUCCUCAUUGCCAGUGCCAAUUUGCGUGUUCGGAAUGCUGCUGCAAAUCUGCUGGUUUCACUCGUGCCAGUCCAAUCGUUCCGUCAAAACUUUAGAGCAACAUCUCAUCACAAAAUAGUUAUACAUAAUCCAUUAAGAGAAAUAUCGUCGGGUGAAGCACAAACAAUAUUACAUAGUAUAUUAAAUAUUCUCCUUAAAUUAUUACGUUCAGCAAAGAAUUAUACAGAUAUAAGCACACAUGGAACAGUAAAAUUAACGUCAUACUUUAGUUUAAUGACUUAUUGUAUGAUAUCAAAGACGGAAAAAUUGAUGUUAGGUCCACACAUUAAGACAUUAUGGGAACUGUUUCAUCCGAAAUUAUCGGAGCCGAGCGUUCCAACACAUCACAAUAAACAAGCUCUACUAGCAUUUUGGUAUCAUGCAACUGUCGAUUGUCCAGAAAAUGCUCAAAUCGUUGCGAAUAAUGUCGAAAUUACCAAGAACAUUGCAUUUAAUUACAUACUAGCGGAUCAUGAUGAUUCGGAAGUAGUCCAAUACAAUCGAUGUAUGCUGCCAGCUUACUAUGGAUUACUUCGUUUGUGCUGUGAACAAUCAAGAACGUUGACGCGUCAACUCGCUGGUCAUCAAAAUUUGCAAUGGGCUUUUAAGAACAUUACUCCAUAUCCAACACAGUAUCCAUUAGCUGUUGACGAGUUAUUUAAAUUGAUGCAAUUGUUUGUUGCAAAACAUCCAGACUCGACACAAACGGAGCUUGAUCAAAUUUCGAUAUUUAGACGACACACUUUGUCAGCAUAUUUGGGCAGUUUAGAUGCUCGUGUUUCAUGGAAUACGCUCAUAUCAGCAUUAAAGAUUCUCAUUGAGAACGAUGAUGAUCGUGUAUUCUUUGUCAGUAAUGGUGGACUGUUUAUAUGUUUUGAGGCUUUUCUUACACUUCAUUCGAUGUAUCAUGAAGCAACUGCGUGUAAUGUGAUAGAAGAUUUACAAGAUUUAUUAAGAGAAAUUGUUCGUUUAAUUCAAGCACUACGUCAUAAUUGUCGUGAUCAAAAGAAGCGACAUCCUCAAGCUGGAUAUUUUAAAGGACUAGCUGACGUUGUUCGACGACUCACAUCAUUAUUAAAUACAUUUAAUCCUUCAGACAUGAGAAAACUUACAUUGGAUAUAUUGAAGGAAUUAGUCAAGAGCGUUCCUAAUGAAGUCAUUAAUAUUUUAACGCCCAUCCUUGUUCAUUGUCAUACACAAAAUCAGCAACAACAUUCCGGUCUAAUUGGCGCUUAUUUGCCACGUCGUAGUUCCAAGAAUGCAGGAACAUCAAACAACAGCUCAUUAUCAUGGUCAUCAAAAAAUAUCCAAAGACCACCGCGUCCAUUAAUGCAAAUGAACAUACCUCGUGCUAUUCAAUCAUCAUUUUCACAUUCUAAAGGAAUUGAUAAGGAAUUUGACAUGGCUGUUGAAAACUUUUAUAAACCUUAUCAUGAGUUCUUGGAUGUAUUCUUUAGAGCUGCUAUCUCUUGCAAUGCAUUCAAUGAUACUCUUACUAAUUUGAGUCUACAGUCAGCUAUUGAGGCUGUUGGAUGGCAUUUUACAUUCUUUCCCUCAUUCUGGGUCGGACUGGCUAAGAACAAAAAUAUGCAAAAGUAUGUUGACAUGCUACUAAACAACAGUUUAAUUCACGAGUACAUCGAUAGGAUCUUGAAAGACGAAAGGAUUUCAUUGAAUGACUCGAUGAUUGCAAACUUUGUGGAAAUAUUUUAUGCUAAGGUUCGGACUAGAAUGUCAAUAACAAAGUUACUGGAUAACAUUUGUGGUAGUUUAGUAAAGAAAGAUUGGGAAGAAUUGUGUGGAGAUUUACAUGCUAUUAGAAUAAUUGGACAGACAAGUGGCUUUCCACAGGCAUCGAAGAACAACUUGAAGCAAAAUUUGCAGCUUGUCCUGCAAAAGUGCAAAGAUGUCGCAUCAACUGAAGCCGAAGAAUCUCCACCCAAAAAGCCAAAACUCGACAUCCAACAAUCUAGUGAUAGUGAGACACCGAAAUGCAGCAACAGCAUCGAGCCAGACGUCAAAAUUGAUAAUGGUGCCAGUUCAAAAAAGAAUCAAAGUGAUGAAGAAUCAAAAGAUCACCAACAAUGCUCCACAUCGUCAUCGCCAACAUUUUCAUCCCGGAAUGAUCUCAUCCGUGACAUAGAAAGUCACAUAGAAAUCAUAUUCGAGUGCUUUGAUGUUGACGACUCAAUAUCAACAAAUGCAGCAGCAGCAGCAAAACCAGAAUCAAGUUCUGCUGAAAGCUCAAAUGAAAUUAUUACGUCCUCAGAAGUGAGUCAUGAAAUGGUUGACAAAACGAGCAGCGAGAAGGCUGAAGAUACGCAAAAUGAGAAGAAAAAUGAAAAUUCAAGUGAUUAAAAAAUUAUUUUUAAAAUGAAAAUGUUUCUCAAAAACGAAUUUAAUGACUGAAAAAAAAUAAUUACUGUAUGAUGAUGAAUUAAAGAUAAAAAACAAUUUGUUUCCAAAAUGAGUUCGUUCCUUUUUUUCAGCAAUUAUAAUAAAUUACAAUUCAAGUGUGUUCGAUUGA